AUGUCUCCUACAGCUGAACUAGACCCACCAGUUGAACGUAAAAAAACACGAACAGAGAACUGGAAAGACGAAGAAAAAAAUGAACUUCUCUCACUGAUAGAGAGACACAAGAGAGAGAUAGAAUGUAAAGUACGAACCAGCGAAUGUAAGAAAAAAGUAAAACAAGCCUGGGAUGACGUCACACGAGAACAUAGAGCAAAAUACCCGUCACGUGACCUACAGAAAGUGAAAGAACAAUAUCAGAGGAUGAAAUCUUUGGCUAAACAAGACAUGAAAAGGGCAAAGAGAGACCCUCAUGGCAGUAGACUUUCUGGUUUUACUAGAAGAAUAUUUGAUAUUUGUCCUGAAGAUUUUGUAGACUUUAAGGAUCUUUUUGAUUCUGAAUUAAACACUGGGGAUACAACAGAGCCAGACCAAGUCACAGAUGUGGUUGAUGGAACAAAUAGCGGCAGUUUUCAGCCGUCUUCUAACCUUAAUAGUGAAGGUCACCAGGAUUCGACGGAAAUUUACAUUGAACAUAACAUGGAUGAUUAUGUAACCUCUUCAAACUCGCAAAUUGAAGUUACAGCAAAUUUCAACGAGAAUCAAGAGGUUACUCAGGAGCUGUUUUACGAUAAAUUAGACCACGUCUUAAAUAGUGGAGACAUUUUAUUAGACCUACUAGGCGUCAGAUGGAGGAAUUCGCUAACACAGAAGGGAAAAAAAAAAUCUCAUACAUCUACACAGGUUAGACACGGAUGUAGAAACUUGAACAAAAGACGACGGUUUGGUGACAUUGAUGAACUGGAAGUAGAUGAACGGAGGAUAAAAUUGGAAAAAGAAAAAGUGGAUUUGGAAAUAAGUAAAUUAAGAAUGAGAGAGAAAGAAGAAAAAAUAAAGCAAAAAUCAGAGAAACAUGAUCUGGAAAUACAACUAAAAAAACAAAAACACGAACAAAGAAUGAGAGAAAGAGAAGAGAAACUGAGAAUGGAGAUAGAAAGACAUGUGCUAGAGCAGAGACUUUUAGAACAGAAGCUUCACAAGGAAGAAAGUAAAGGGAUGUUGACAUCAAGCCACGAGAUACUGGAUGUAGUAGGACCCAGCUAUACACAGCUGUAG